GUGAUUUGUUAAGCUUAACCCUGCUAUUGGCGGUCUCAUUGCAGAGCCGAUUUUUGAAUUGUGGGUUUUGUUGUUUUUGCAUCCGUUGUGAUUUAUGUCGUUUUUGGCUUUAUAUGAAUUAUCUAUAGUAGACAAAACCUGGUAACAUGGAUAAAGCUAAGGCUUAGGUUGAAACUGUAAAGGACAUCGUCAGAAUAUUUAGCAGCUUUAUCUCGGAGGUAGUUCAAGUGAUCAAGUUUCGAUCCAAAGCGCCUUAUAUAGUUGGAACUGACUUCAAAAAAUCAAGGUGCUGAGUGUUCAGUAUGUCGUCAGAAGAUGAUUGGUCGAAGUUGCCCACUCUGUCCAAAGUACAGCACAAGCUCUGGAACGCACGUGUGGCAGGAUACGAAGAAGCGUUCAAAAUAUUUUCAACAGAGACAAAUGGAAAAAGUCCUGUUUUUAACGAAUAUGUUGGAUUGAUGAAGAAGUUCGUGACUGAUUCUCAUGCUGGAGCUCAGGAAAAAGCUCUGGAUGCUGUCUUAGCAUAUAUAGAAACAGCUGCAGCAGCUACAAAAUGCGCUGGAGAUAUUUGUUCUGGUAUCAUAUCAAAAUGUCUGGGUUCUACUCGAAUGAAAACAAAAGACAAGUCAAUUGAGUGCCUAUUGAUGCUGAUAGAAAUUGAGCGUCAUGAAUUAGUGAUAGAAGAGCUCAUUAAAGGUUUAUCAACUAAAAAUCCAAAGGUUGUUGUCGGAAGCUUACAGACUCUUCGUGAAGCUCUAAACCUUUUUGGUCCAACUGUUGUUCCGAUCAAACCUCUUUUUAAAGAGUUUGGACGACUACUUGAUGAUCGAGACCAAGGGAUCCGAAAUGAAACGAAAAAUCUCAUCGUUGAGGUCUACAGAUGGAUAGGAGUAACCACAAAAGACCUAUUAAAGGAUAUCAAACCAGUUGUGAUGACUGAGUUAUGUGAAUUAUUUAACUCUAUUCCACCCGGAAAACCUGUUCGAUUAAGAUAUUUACGUAGUCAAAAACCUAAAGAAAUUACUCCAGAUACUGGGGCUGAAAGUGAUCACAUUAAUGGCGCUAUUCCAGGUGGAACUUUAACCGAUCAGGUUGAUUUGGAUGAUAUGAUUACUCCUGUUGAAGUUCUUAGCAAAAUCCCCAGCGAUUACUGGCAACAAAUAGGGGAAAAGAAGUGGCAAGAUCGGCGUGACGCUUUAGAGGCACUUGAAAAAAUUACGAACGUUCCUCGGAUUGUUCCAGGUGAUUUCACAGACCUCGUGAGAAGCUUGAUUCAGGUUGUAAAUAAAGAUACUAACAUAAUUCUGGUGACUCUUGCUGCUAAAAUUUUGGGACAAAUAGCAAGAGGGUUAAAAUCUAAGUUCAGUCCUUACUCCCAACAAACUUUACAAGCGUGUUUAGGGAAGUUUAAAGAAAAGAAGCCUAAUGUUGUCCAAGCUCUAAGAGAAUCUGCUGAUGGUGCUGUAUCUUCGACUUCACUAGAUCAUUUUGUGGAUGAUAUUGUAGCCGCAUUAAGUCACAAAACACCUAAUGUACGUGCAGAAGCAGCCUUAAUUCUAAGUAGAGCGUUCAAAAAAUGUUCUGCCACAUCACUAAACAAAAAGGUUUUAAAAUCAUUUACUGUGCCGUUAUGUGUAACAUGCAAUGAUACUGUUCCUGAAGUGCGUGAAUGUAGUUUUGCUGCGCUUGGUGCUGCAAUGUUCGUCGUGUCGGCAAAAACUAUCCAGCCCUUUCUCAGCGAACUUGAUUCCAUCCGGCUGGCGAAAAUCAGUGAAUGUUGCGAACGAAUAGCGUCUGAACUUAGUAAUUCAAAUAACUCUGGUAACCAACUAACUGCUCCUUCGGCAAAUAUGUCUACAUCUGCUAAACCCAAUACUGCACCACGUCGUGCAGCACCACCAGUCACUCGUCCGAAUACAGCGUCUAGUGGCACUGGAGAGGCUAAUUCCGAAUGUGCUACUAAAGCACCAACUUCUGGGCCAUCUAGUAAAAAAUCGACAGCACGUACGAAAUCUGUUAUUGAGAAAUCGAAAUUCACCAUUCCAACAGAAAACUUGUUAACAGAGGAUGAAAUAUCUCAAAAAGCUUCUGAGCUUCUUGGGGAAGCACUUAUCAAGCAAUUAUCUGAUACGAAUUGGAAAGAACGCUUGCAAGCGGUUGAACAAAUGAAAUCUAACAUACAUUCCUUUACCGGUUCUGACGUACCUACUCAAAUUUUGUGUCGUGCUGUUCUACUUAAACCUGGAAUCAAGGAUACUAAUUUUCAGGUACUGCGCGCUCGAAUUGAGUACAUCGAUGCAGUUUUAUCUUUAAGCGUCUCUAUCAGUUCAAAUUUGGCUGAGUUACUUUUAUCAGAUUUGAUUGAUAAGGUUGGUGAUACGAAAGUCGGCGACGUUACAAAAAUUGCGAUGACAAAAUUGGCUGAGAAAACAAGUCUCGAAUUAGUUGGUGGUUUUAUAAUGCGCACACUAUUUCAGAUUAAAAAUCCUCGCAGUCAGACCGAAGGUUUGGCUUGGUUGAAUCAAAGCAUUCAGGAAUUCGGAUUUUGUAUUCCACCACAAGAAGUUGGACCACUUCUAAAAACAGGCCUCAAUGCAACUAACCCUUCUGUUCGACAAAAUUCACUAAAUCUUGCUGGGACAAUUCAUUUAUAUCUCCAUGAUCGUUUGGCAGCUCUCCUAGCGGAUGAGAAACCGGCUUUGAUUACGUUACUAAACGCGGAAUUUGCGAAAAACAAAGAUAAAAAAGCUCCUGCUCCAACUCGUUUUUCUACUGCCCAAACUCUUCUCAAAGAAUCAGUGUCUGCUGAACCCAGCGGAACUGAAGCAUUGUCUAGAGAUAUAGAAACUACCGGUCAAAUAGACGAGAUGGACUCAGAUGUAUUACUUCCAAAAGUAGAUAUCAGUGACCGACUCACACCUGAACUCCUGGGACUUCUGAAAAGCAAGGUUUGGAAAGAACGUUUAGAAGCACUGACUACUAUUGAAAAAUUUAUAUCUCCUUCCCAUUUGAUUGAUGCUUCAAACGGAAAGCUUCAAGAACCUUUGACUAUGAUAGCUAAAGCAGCUAAUGAUGUGAAUAAAAACUUGGCCAAACAAGCUUUGAUAAUCCUGUCUUCCUUUGCUUCAUCAAUACCGAAAUCAGACGCUGUGAAUUACAUAAAGUAUGUUGAACCCCCUAUUCUACUCUGUCUUGGUGAUUCAAAAGUUCAAAUACGUGAGGCAGCUGUAACUGCACUUAGCUCUUGGCAAAGUCGAGUUCCCAUUUUAUCAGUAUUUGAAAAUGACAUGUUAGCUGAUGCCUUAAAGAUGGAAAAUCCAUUUUUACGAGCCGAAUUACUACGCUGGCUUCAAGAUGUUCUCUCACCUAUGCCAUUAAACGCCCUGCGGAAAAACGCUUCAGAAAUAACAGAGAAUCUAAUACCUCAGGUAUUUGCUUCUCUUGAAGAUCGUAAUGUUGAAGCUCGUAAACAAGCCCAACUAGUUCUUCCGUCAUUAAUACAAGUUUUUGGCUGGGAACCUAUCUUAAAGUCUACCAAUCGUUUGAAGCCUACCUCAAAGGAUUCUAUUAUGCCUCAUUUGGAGAAAGCUCGUGAAAGCGUAGCUAAUUCACAUCCCUCAUCCAUGGAGAAAAAAGCCUCUUCUCCAUCUAAAGCGGUACGUGUAGGUAAUGGAACACGUUCACAACCUUCCUCAAAUGCCCCAGCUACUACUCCAGAAAAUAGCGAGGAAUUUGAAAAUGCUACACAAUCUUCAGGCAAUACCUCAAAGUCUAUUUCCGAUACGAAGAAAAAGGCUGAUAAUAAAAAGUCUAUCAACACGUCUAAAAAGUCAGGUCCGGAACUGGCAACGACAUCCAUAAUUCUUCCGCCAAAUAAGUCAGCUAAGAAUUCUAGGUUAAAUGAUGAGAAAAAACGCAAGCUUUUAAAAUGGGAUUUCGAUGCUCCAACAAAAGACCACAUACAACAAUUAAGUACAUUAUUCACUGCAGCUGGAACCGCUCCUGAAUUUCAUGCACUUUUAUUUCAUACCGACUUUAAACAACACAUUAAGGCGAUUGAACAGCUUUCUCAAUUACUAGAUACCACUGAAGGCUGUGAGGCUACUGUAAUAAAUGUAGAUAUUAUCUUGAGAUGGAUUGUUCUACGAUUCUUUGAAACUAAUCCAGUUGUUUUAGGCAGAUGUAUGGAUUAUAUAACAAAAUUAUUCGUUUUUAUGUCAGAGUCUGGAGCGAAUCUUUCUGAACAUGAAGGUGGUUCAUUUCUUCCUUAUUUGGUAAUGAAAGUGGGUGAACCUAAAGAUAUAAUUCGACAGAAUAUUCGCGGAAUAUUGAAACUUGUGGUUAAUCUCUAUCCACCCAGUCGUCUAUUCACAUUUCUCACUAAUGGGACUAAGGCCAAAACAAGUAAAACAAGACAAGAGUGCUUGGAUGAGAUGGGUUCUCUGAUUGAUCGUUUUGGAUUAAAUGUUUGCCAGCCCUCUAUUCCCGUUGCAAUCAAGUUGAUCGCUCAACAAAUUGGUGAUCGUGAUAGCGGAGUUCGAUCAGCAGCUUUGAAUGCUUUACUUUCUGCAUAUGCUGUUAUUGGUGAACAGAUAUGGAAGGUUAUCGGUGAUAUACCAGAAAAAGAACGUUCAAUGCUGGAAGAACGUAUCAAACGGGCUGGGCAAAUACCGAUCAAUACUGUAGAUAAUUUUGAACCAAAGACACCGUCUGUAAGACCAAGCACUGCAAGACGCGAUCCAUCAGAUUCACGUAAUCCUCUAGAGCCUGUUCCCAACGAAUUUCGCCGUCAGCAACCGGUUUCUGCAGCUCAUGCUAGAGCGCGUGCUAUGUUGAAUGAACUAGGUGAUUUAUCACCUGAAAAAGCUCCAUGUAUGCCUCCACUUAUUCAGUUGGAUGCUGAUAUAAGAGAUCUUUUCCAACCAGUUGAAAUUCCAGCAUUGAAAGCACACGUGCGCCAGCCUGUUCUUAAUGCACUAUUACGAACAAGUCCUGAUACUGCUUCGGCUAUCACAAUGGUCGUAACGGCUAUAUCUUCCAAUGAUUUACUAAUCAGUUGUCAUGCUUUGGCCGAAAUCGACACUGUUCUUAGAGAUGAAAAGUGGUACCUUUUACUCAAUCAUGUCAACCAAGUCCUAAUGCUUAUUACAAUGCAGUUACGCCAAGUUAAUUCGCGAUAUUUUGGAGAUCCUUCAGUUUCAGAGGAGCAAUUGCAUACAUUAAUUCGGUCUCAUUUGGCCACUAUCGAAUCUCUUUUUAGUCGUCCAACAUUAGGUCGCGAAGCUUCACGGGAAACUUUAAGAGAAUUAUCCCAGUCUCUCCUUCAAAUGAUGUUGGAUGAAAGGACUGCUGAAAUGUCCAGUGGAGAAAAUGUUAUCAGAUCGAUCAAUGCACUAUUUGUUCUUAUUUUGGAGGCUUCCAAUGGAACACGUAUACUCAGUGCGCUCAUUCGGUUACUACAUGAAUGUAUCAGUAACGGACACUUUACAAAUCGAUUCACACAAGCUAUCCUCAAAAGUAUAUGGCGUAUUACUAAGGGGAUGAAUACUGCAUUUAAUAAUUACUCUGUGGAUGUCAUACUUCUGGACUGUCAUCAUUUUUUAAAGGCUUUCCCACCUUCCUCAUGGAGUGCACGGAAAUCAGAUGUUCCUUUACGAACAAUCAAAACCCUAUUGCAUGUAUUAUGUGGCCUCCAAGGUCCAUCAAUCUUACAGUUUCUAGAAAGUAUACCUAACAAGGAAGAUUCAGAACUAGAGUCCUACCUCAUUCGCACACUAAAAACUACUUCAGGAGUUACAACUACCUCUGAUUCCAAAAAAAUACUGGCCUCUGAAAGUCAUUCAAAAGGAUUUGUACUUUCUACUGCAACUCGUGAGAAAUUAACCGAAAUAUUCAAGAAGGUCGGAUCUAAGAAACCUGAUGAAGGUUUAAAUGAACUAUACGAUUUCACUCAGCUCUAUCCAGAUGUAGAUUUAUCGUCAUACUUAACAAACACAAGCCAAUUUUUCCAAGCCUACAUAAAACAAGCUUUACGAAAUAUAGCUGUUGAACGCGCCCGUCAGGCUAGACUAAGUGUAAUUGAUAAAGAACCAAACACAUUAACAGCUCAUCAAACUAAUGGCAUUUUAGCGCGUCCUAAUUGGAAUCCAGAUUUUGAUGCAGAUAUCUUUAAUGGCCAACUAACUGAUCCCAAAGUAUUUAUGAAUCGAUUGGCGAUGCUACGAAGAGAACUGGGUCUUGGUGGUGUAUCCACAACGAACAUUGAUGAUAAUAUUGGGCCAUCUGAUGAAGCUGGUUCACAAAAUACAGCCUUUGAAACAACUCUUCGAAAUAUGGUUCAACCAAAAGGUGAUUCUCCUGAUGAAAAUAUUCAACCUGAAACAGAACAAAGGCCUACUAUGUCCACCACUGAACUAAUGGAUUUGAAACGAAGACUAGAUCGAAUCAAAAGUGCCCAAAAGCAUUAACAGUUACUUCGCGUGAUAAAGUAGUCUUCCAAUGCAUCUAAACUUCCAGUUAUUUACGUUCACUAACUUCUGCUUUCCAUAUGUAAAUAUUUCUUAGAGGUUUGUUAUGAGAUUUUUAUGUCUAAACUUUUACGUACUACACAAAAAAAGUACGUAACUAAAUAUACAUGCGAUCUUUAACUAAAUUGUCUUUAUACCAGUAAACAUUUUUUUACAGAAAAAGUUAAUUGUACAAAUUUACUGUCUAUUAAUUAAAUAUAUGUUUAAAAUUCAUGAAAUUAAUUAAAGGUUUGAAGACUCUA